CUUGGCGCUUCACUCCGGGACUGGGCUCUCAGACGGACCGGCGGCGUCGACCAGGUGUCUGGACCAAUUCUCCCUGUUUCUAAGCGGAUUCUCUCUCAGCUCCCGUGCCCCCCAUCUCCAGGUGUGAAUUGGAGGCUAUCUUCAGCUCGUUCACCUCUGUGCCCGGAAUCCUCCAGAAGUAUCAGGACUCACUGCUAAGCACCAGGAGCCCCGCCCACGUCAGGUGACGCUACGCGCCCAGUGACCCUGUCUGCAGAUCUGAAUAGUGAAGGACAGCCCUUCUUGUCUCCAUGGCAGACAGUCGGCAGCCCAAAGACAGCAGCCCACAGUGGGGGCCCCCGGGGACCGCGGAGCAGGGAUUAGCUGCCGGCCACGACGACAACGAUUACUCUUCCUACAGGUCAUUCCAGCCUGGUGCAGCUGCCGCCCCCUACUCCAGCGCCCGGGAGAAUGGCUUCAACGGAGACCUGUCAGGCGGACAUAUGGUGACCGCGGAGCAAGUGUCGGCGCGCAUCGUACAGGAGGUGACGGCCGAGGCUGUGGCCGUACUGAAAGGCGAACAGGAGCCUCACCAGGAUCCUGCCAGGAGGCUGCCCUCAGUCGAAGAUUCAGCGAACCUGCCACCGUCUCCUCCGCCCUCGCCGGCCGCAGAGCAGUUCGGACCUCUGGAGCAAGAUGUAGGGGAUGAGGAGAAGGCAGGCCCUCUCCAACGCUUCCAAAAUUCUCGGGAGCGGUGCAAGUUCCUCGCCCCCUCCAUCUCGGUGUCUGUGCCCGACGAUGACCCCUACCACUCUGAUGAGGAAUACUAUGAGCACCCCUUGUUCAGCCCUGAGUGGACACGCUAUGGCUCUCGCCCUUCGGGGCAAGUGGCCGCGUUUAGGCAGAUCGAAGAAGACGAGACACUAGAGGCUCUUACCGCAGCUGACGAGGAAGAGGAGUUUGCAGCGGCAGCUCUUGAGGAGCAAGAGCAGCUAAGCAGUGGGGAAGAGCCUGAGCAGGGGCCUGCGGCUCAGGGCUUAGAGCAGGCAGAGGUCAUAAGCGAGCCCCCGGCUCUGCCCUGUCCGCAGGCCGAGGCAGCUAGUGUGCCUACAGGAACCUUCACCGGGAGAGCUGUUGAGGGAGGGUUGGAACAGUACCCCCAGGAAGCCCUGAAGAUGGAAUUUGGGAGACCAAUGGGAAGUGAGGAGACCAGCCCUUUGGACCUUGGCUUCCCAGAAUUGGUGGAACACUCAGAAGUUCGAGGUCUACAACAUGACCUGAUGUUCACCCCGUCGGACACCCAUGAAGAAGGUCUUGUCCCGUCAAAUGGUCAGGGUUACCCUAAAGAUACAACUGAACCAUCCUUCCUGCAGUUGGACCAGGUAUCACAGAAGCCUGCUGACCAACUGUUUGGAGAGAUCCCCAAGAAAGGAGCUGAAGAAAUAACUUUACCCAGGACCACUGCGGAGAAGCAGCCUUCGGUCGAAGUGCUUGAAUCUAAUAGCCUCUUGGACAGGUCGGCUGAUCAGGAUAUACGGAAAAUGGCAAUGAGUGAUAAGCCUGAGGAUAUGAUUGGCGAAAAGAAGAUUAAAUUAGAGGAGAAGUCAGACCAGGCAAUGGAAACCUUUAGUAAGAGUAAGGAUGUUAAUGAAGCUUGGCUAUCAGACCCUCAUUUAGGUGUUAAGCCGGAGAGUAUAUUUGAAAAAGACCAGCUUAUUACACCAUUUAGUGAAAGUAGAGAGGAUACAUCUACUUACGCAAAAGCAACCCCUGCAAAAGAGGAACCGAUACAGCACCCAGAUUUUGGUGCACCCUCGGAAGCUUUGGGUCUGCAUCUAGAGAGCUUUGACACUGACAAGUCUGGCAUGUCAGCUUAUUUUGAGACUUCUGCUCUUAAAGAAGAUGAUGUCAGAGGCAAUGGAGAAGGCUACUAUGAACUAAUUGAUGCUAGUGAGAAGAUUUCUGAGAAGAUACCAGUGGCUCCUUCUGUAGAUGAAGUAAGCUACAGUACACUUGUUAAGCCGUCAGAGGAUGCUUACAGGAGCCAUGUAGAGGAGCCACAAGCUCUUCCUGCUGUGGAGAAGAAGGAUGAGUGCAGGCUUUCACCAGGUAAAUUGUCACUGGAGCAGAGGAGUUACUCUUUGAACAUCCCUAUUGCAUCCGUGGAUCCAAGUGGGGGUCAAGGACGGCCAAGGAACUUCUCCCCCUUAGCCACAGACAUCAUGUCCUACACAAGUGGAAGUCUUGAUGAGUCUGCAGACUACCUUCCAGUUACAACUCCUUCUGUUGAGAAGCAACCGGUUUUCCCACCUCUAAUUCUGGAAACCGCUGCCUCUGUCACCAGUCCCAUCUCAUCCCCACCUGCAGCCACACCCAUCACAAAGGCGAGCCCGCAGGCGGAGUCUCCCGAAUCUCCUGUACCUAUGAAGUUUUACUACAAAAAUGGGACUGUGAUGGCCCCUGACCUGCCAGAAAUGCUAGAUUUGGCAGGAGCCAGGUCAAGACUAACGUCUGAGAGUGUUGACCCAGAGAUGAUGAGAAGAAAGUCUGUCCCUGCUGAUGUUCCAGGGCUGAUGGGAGACUCUCUGGCCCAAUUAGGUUUAGUAGACCAGAGUCAGAAGACAGCAAGAAGCGAAAGCCAGUUAGAGGAGCUGGGCUAUUGUGUUUUUAAUGAGUAUUCUGGACCAAUGCCCUCACCUGCAGAUGUUCACAGUCCCAUGGAUUCGCCUCCUCAAAUCUUUACCACUAUGGCAUCAGAAGAGAGGGAUACGGGGCAUGCAGGUGUCAGUGAAGAUGCUCAUGUACCGAAAGCUGAAUCAGAAGUAAGUGGAAUUAAUGACACUCUAAAGCAGGCUGUGGACAGUUCAGAAGAUGGAGAUGUUAAAGAGUUUAAAAAGGAAGACUUGGAUGGAGAGAAAGUUGUCACAGCUGAAGGAGUUUCAGCAAAAGAUGCCAAGGCAGAACCAGCAAUCAAACCUGCUGAAUUAUUUGAUGAAAAAGCCAAGGAUUUAAACGUAACUACUGGGCUUACAGGUGACAUCAAAGACCAAAUCAUUCCUGAGGUAGAAGAGUUGGAACUCUCAAGAGAAGCAUCGCCUGUACCACCAGAGGGGUUCUUCCAGGUUCUUCAGCCUGGUGAGGCACCUAAACCUUUGGCAACACCAACAGUGAAAGUGACUCUUGAUGAAUCAGAGCCUGAUCCUGACAUGGCGACAAAAUUUGCCUUAGAUACAGAGGCUCAAAUCGCAGACUAUGAAAGGAAAAUUCAUAAACUGGAAACGGAGAAUAGGCCUUUGAGUGUAGAGGAGGAGCGGGAGCUUCAGGAACUUCGGGAGAAAGUCAAGGAGAAGCCAGACUUAGUACACCAAGAGGCAUAUGAGGAGGUGGAUGCAGAGGAUGUCUACCAGCUUACAGGUGUUGGAAAGGCUAGACUUGCAAGACCCAUAAAACCAUCACCUACGUCUUCCAUGGAGAGUGCCACAGAAGAUGAGAAGGUAGAGGUGUGUGAAAAAGAAAAGCCCACGCGACCAGAAUCAGAAACUACUGCAAAGGUAGAUAGCUGGGUACCAUUACCUGUGGAUUCUUUGGAGAGCACUGCAGAAAUGAAAGAUGUUAUUGCACCAGAGAAACCAAAGCAGGCAGAAGAUAUAGCUGCUUCCCUCCCAGCCAAAGCAGAGGUUUCAGUGACAGAACCCUCUGAGGUUUCUGAAGAACCAGAAGAGCCUACUCCAGUUAUUGCAACUGAUAAAGGAGAACUGAAAGAACUGGAGGAUGUGGAUGUAGAGCUAGCUGAAGAGCCGGAUGAAGUCAUUAAGGAAGCAAAAGAGAAGGAGGAACAACAGCCUGAAGAGGAGAAAGCAGUGGAGAAAGAAGUGGUCCCAGAGGAUGCUAAAGCUAAGGCUAAGGAGCUAGUUGAACCUCAAGCCAUCAUUGAGUCUGUGGUCACUGUUGAGGAUGACUUUAUCACUGUGGUGCAGACUAUUGAUAAAGGGGAGGAGCCAGGCCACAGUGUCCGCUUCUCUGCCCCAGUUGAGGAUGACCAACCACGUAUCAACCAAGAUGAGGAAGAGGAGGAGGAGGAGGAGUCAGUUGAAAUGGCACUGGAAGUGGAAAUGGAGGCAGCCAGCUUGGAGGAGGUUUCUGAUAUACCUGAGGCCCCGGAGGUUCCAGCUGCACCUGUGAAGGAGGUGGUCCCAGACAGCGAAGGCGUAACUGAGUCUUAUGAUGACUAUAAGGAUGAGACAACCAUUGAUGACUCUAUUUUAGACACAGACAGUGCCUGGGUGGAUUCUCAAGAUUACGACCAAAGCAUGGCCACAGAAAAGGUGGAGCCCCUCCCCAAGACGCCGAAGAGUCCUAUCAAGAAAGCGGCUGUGGAGAAGCGGCCAAAGGAGAGAGUCGCGGGCAGAAUGAAGGGGCGCGUCUCCACCCCGGAGCGCAAACCAGGCCGGAAAGAGCCCGUCUUCUUCCCCAGGGAUGACCUGAAGAAGAAGAAAGCUGUGAUUAAGAAGCCUGAUUUUACUAAAAAACCAGACACACAGAGCUACUCUCCCUCCCGGAGGACUGUGUUAAAGCCGGCGGUGAGGCAACCUAGGCCUGCCCAGCACCAUGCCUGUGCUGGCCGGAGAGCUCCAGCAGCACCCUUCACUGAGACCAGGCAGUCACACAGCAUGACGCGGCUAUCCCGGGACCGUACCUCUGACGGCAGCUCGCGAAGCCCCGAGAAGCGCUCCUCCCUGCCCAGACCCGCCUCCAUCCUGACCCGCCGCCCCCUCCCGGCCGAGCACGACGAGAGUUCCACCUCCAUCACCAGCUCCGGCUCCACGGCGCCGCGCCGGCCCACCUCGUUCCGCCCGGAAGGCCGAGCAGAGCAGAGGACUGGGCGUGUGCCCAGUAUGACAGGCAUAGAAUCAGCACGCUCUCGCUCGGCACGUAGCGGCACCUCCACGCCUCACACCCCCGGCUCCACCGCCGUCACCCCCGGUACGCCCCCCAGCUACUCCUGCCGCACCCCUGGCACCCCCGGGACGCCAAGCUACCCGCGCACACCGGGAACGCCCAAGUCCCUAAGCCUGCUCUCCCAGGAGAAGAAGGUGGCUAUUGUGCGUACGCCUCCCAAGUCACCUGCCACGACGCCAAAGCAGCUGCGCGUUCUCAACCAGCCCAUGCCGGACCUCCGGAAUGUCAAGUCCAAGAUCGGCUCCAUCGACAACAUCAAAUACCAGCCCAAGGGAGGCCAGAUCCAGAUUCAAACCAAGAAGAUCGACCUGAGUCAUGUGACCUCCAAGUGUGGCUCCCUGGACAACAUCCGCCAUCGCCCAGGUGGGGGUAAUGUGCGCAUCGAGAGCGUGAAGCUCGACUUCAAAGACAAGGCCCAGGCCAAGGUUGGUUCUUUGGAAAACGCUCACCACAUCCCCGGCGGAGGGAAUGUGAUGAUCGAGAGCCACAAGCUGACGUUCCGCGACUCGGCGAAGGCCCGUGUGGACCAUGGUGCCGAGAUCGUGACGCAGUCGCCGGGCCACUCCGGGGGCAUCUCCCCCCACCGCCAUAGCCACAUGUCCUCCUCCGGCAGCAUCAACCUGAUGGAGUCACCGCAGCUGGCCACGCUGGCAGAGGACGUCACCGCCGCACUGGCCAAACAGGGCUUGUGAGCACCAGGCUCCGCCCCUUGCUACAAAAACCCCGCCCACCCAGUGACACCCUUUCCCGCAGUAGCCGGCUGGCCUUGUUGUGUGGGAGAGGGAGGGCGAUCCUUUGGGUUUCGGUUACAUCGGGAGAUGCAUUGUGCGUCGUUUUUUUCUUAUUUUCUCUCCUUAGUUUGACUUUUUGUGGUAUAGGUAGGUACUGCAUCCCCAAACACUGAUCCACGGUCAGUUUUUGGCUGUCGGCCCGGAAAAGUUUGGGUCAGAAUUAGGAGCUGGGUGGCUGGCCUCGGUCCCCACCCCCCCCCCCCCCCCCCCCCAACCCUUGCGUCAUGACUGUCCCGACGCGAUGCUGCGGUCCCGUGCAGCACUCGUUGCUCUGCUCUGUCUGUGCAUGGACAACAGCUACAAACACGCAUCGCCAGCCGCCUUUCCUAUGAAGUCACACUCAUCUGACAUCGUCUAUCUAUCCUAUAUAUACAGAUAUAUGUAUAAAUAUACCAGGCUUCUUGUCAGCAACAUUGCCGCAGUUAAAAAUAUGGGAGAACACCUCAAAUUCCUGUUCAAUUGCAUUAUUGCAGGACUUAGAUUAUGUUAUGAUGCGCAUGUGUCAAUUAUAGUGCAAAAGAGGUUAUUUUCUAAACAGAACGAAGGAUUUUACUAAGUUAUUUCCUAAAUCAUCGGGCGCGAUGAAGACUUUGUGUUUUGUAGACAUUAGUGAUUAUGUUAGACUUGUUGAUGACUUCUGAUGAUUUCGAGAGCACCUGGGAUCUUCAGUCUGCCUCCCGAGGCGGCAGCGUUCUGUAAAUAACCACCGGUGCGUGUCCGAACGGUCCCAACGGAUCUGCCGACAGAUUCCGUGAGCCCGCUGGGAGUUGCUGGCCUUGUCCACUGUGAGUUAACCUGGUGUAAGUUACAGAUUUCCUGCGAUUACUGGCAGAGCCUCGCUGCUCACGGGUCAGGUGGCUGGACACUGAAGGGUUCUGAGUAAUUAGUCAACCACGGAGCGUUCAGACCUUCGCGGCCGAACGCAAAGUGUCACGAGAGCAGUCAAAGUGGACUGAAAGUACAGCUGAGAUGGCAGAGUUUGCAGUCAUCUCAGAAGGUGUGUUGAAGUUAAAGUUAUUAUUUAUAUUCUAUUACUGUUCAGUUUAGGGAGCAGCUGUUCUGGACAACAAACCUGCUCCAUACUUGUGUCUAUUCCAGUGACAUUAGAUUGCUAGAUUUGUUUUGUGUAUAUAUUUAGGGUUAAAAAUAAAAAAGGAACAUUAAAAAAGCAAACAAAAAAAUAAGUCACGCUCACCUUGCAUCUGUUUGAUAAAGUGUUACGGUAUAUUUUCCUGUCACCAUCUGUGGUAUUUGGGAAUUCCCAAUGUACGGUCUGCUACAGUGUUCUCCUGCCUACCCCCUGUAAAUGUAUUUAAGCGUUCAUGUAGAUGUGCGCUCUUUCCCCUGUUGAGACCACUCUGAUAACAUGUGCUUUUAAAAAUAACCACAAUAAAGACAAAACAUCAGCAUGAUAUACUUUCUGGAACAAUCCAAA